GUAUAAAAUCUGCUGAGGAUCGUGGGAGCCAGGUAAGUCUGCGCUUCAGUACCUUACUCUUCCAUCUUCGGUUCUUCGGAAGACAAGAUUUGAAGACGAUAACAGUGGCCAGGCGGACAACUUACAGCAACAGACGUCGUACGAACGAAAAAGCAGCAUCAUGGUUUUCAAUUCGAGCCGUAUUUUCAAGAAAAGCGCAUUGGACGGAAGUGUCACCAUCUACCUAGGAAAAAGAGAGUUUGUGGAUCAUUUUACACAUUGUGACCCCAUUGAGGGAAUUAUCCUUUUUGACCAAUCAUCUGUAAAAGAUAAAAAUGUCUACGUAGGAGUCGUUGCAAUAUUUCGUUAUGGUCGAGAAGAAGACGAAAUUCUUGGAAUGACCUUUUGUCGGGAGUUGUAUCUGACACACAAACAAAUAUAUCCUCGUGUUGCUGGUCCUUCCUCGUCCACUGGCGACAAAUCUGAACAGCUAGGAACAGCCAAUGGUUGGCUACACGAGAAGCUUCUGAAGAAACUGGGAGCAGAUGCUUUACCUUUUCAGUUUGAAUUACCAUGUGCGUCGCCUGUAUCUGUGACCAUGAUACCUCAUGGACUUGAAACGAAAGAUACUUGUGGUGUCAGAUACUACGUCCGUUGCUACGUCGCCUCUAGUCCUACUGAAAAACCAGCCACUCGAAGUGUGGUUAAUUUGGCCAUAAGGAAGAUCCAGUACGCCCCCUUGUGGCCAAUUGUUGGCCAACCAUCAGCUUCGACCCACAAAGACUUUCCUCUUAGCACAGGGAAAGUUUUCCUUGAAGCAACACUUGACAAAAAGCUCUAUUAUCAUGGUGAAGAAAUCAACGUGAGCGUCCUUGUGCAAAACUAUUCACAUAAGACUGUCAAGCAUGUCAAAGUUUCAG